AUGACAGCCAAUAUCAAUACUAUCAAGCUGGAGGAAAUUCUCCGCCCCAACGCUGAUGGUUUAUAUGGCGAAAAGACCGAGCACGCCAUCUGGGAGUGGACUGUGGCUGACCUAAGGGGGGGCCUGUUCGUUUUAUCGGGGGGUCUCGAGGGGGGCGAGGGGUGCGACUUGACGUCAGGGCAAGAUCUAGGGCCCGGCUACCAGCGUUUUACCUUCCUCCCUUUCCAUCUCCGGCCAUUUUUCAUCUUGCUGGCCUCUACGCUCUCUCUCUGUCUUCAUAAAUACGGCCUCCUCGUCCGCUUCUUCUGCUCUUCUUCUUCCUCUCAGCAUCAACUUCAGCAAUCCUCAUCUCCUCUCUACUUCUCGGCUCUCUUCUCUGGCUCCCUUCUCCGACUCUCUUCUUCCAACCAAUAUCUAACCAACUCCAACUCUCUCAUCAUGUCCAACCCUCCCCAUGGUGGUGUCCUCAAGGACCUCUUCGCCAGAGACCAACCCCGCCACGAUGAGCUCGUUGCUGAAGCUGAGACUCUCCCUGCCAUCACCCUCACUGAGCGUCAGAUCUGUGAUCUCGAGCUCAUCCUCAACGGUGGCUUCUCUCCCCUGGAGGGCUUCUUGACCGAGAAGGACUACGAUGGUGUCUGCGCUGAGUCCCGUCUCGCUGACGGAAACCUCUUCUCCAUGCCAAUCAACCUCGACUUGUCCAAGGAGACCAUCGAGGCCAAGGGUAUCAAGCCUGGUGCUCGUGUCACCCUCCGUGAUUUCCGUGACGAGAACAACAUUGCCAUCCUCACUGUCGAGGACGUCUACCGACCAGACAAGAAGAAGGAAGGUGAGCUCGUCUUCGGUGGAGACCCAGAGCACCCUGCCAUCAUCUAUCUCAACGAGACCGUCCAGGAGUUCUACGUUGGUGGUAAGCUCGAGGCUGUUAACAGACUCAACCACUACGACUAUGUCGGUCUUCGAUUCACCCCUGCUGAGCUCCGCGCUCACUUCGACAAGCUUGGCUGGACCAAGGUUGUUGCCUUCCAGACCCGUAACCCCAUGCACAGAGCUCACCGUGAAUUGACUGUCCGCGCUGCUCGUGCCCGUCAAGCCAACGUUCUCAUCCACCCCGUCGUUGGUCUCACCAAGCCCGGUGACAUCGACCACUUCACCCGUGUCCGUGUCUAUGAGGCGCUUCUCCCCCGUUACCCCAACGGUAUGGCCGCCCUUGGUCUCCUGCCACUCGCCAUGAGAAUGGGAGGUCCCCGUGAGGCCCUCUGGCACGCUAUCAUCCGUAAGAACCACGGAUGCACUCACUUCAUUGUCGGUCGUGACCACGCUGGCCCAGGCAAGAACUCCGCCGGCGAGGAAAUGUACGGCCCAUACGACGCCCAGCACCUCGUUGAGAAGUACCGUUCUGAGCUCGGUAUCGAGGUCGUCGAAUUCCAGGCCCUCACCUACCUCCCCGACUCUGACGAGUACCGUCCACACGACCAGGUCCCAGCCGGCACCAAGACCCUCAACAUCUCCGGAACUGAGCUUCGCAAGCGUCUCCGCACCGGUGCUCACAUUCCAGAAUGGUUCUCCUACCCAGAGGUCGUUAAGGUCCUCCGUGACUCCAACCCACCUCGCGCUAAGCAGGGAUUCACCAUUAUGCUUACUGGUUACCUAAACUCUGGCAAGGCUGCUAUUGCCCGUGCUCUCCAAGUCACCCUUAACCAGCAGGGUGGCCGCCCAGUCUCCCUCCUCCUCGGUGACACUGUCCGUCACGAACUCUCCUCCGAGCUCGGCUUCUCCCGUGAAGAUCGUGACAAGAACAUCCAGCGUAUUGCCUUCGUUGCCGGUGAGCUCACCAAGGCCGGUGCCGCUGUCAUUGCCGCCCCUAUUGCCCCAUACGCCCACUCCCGUGACGCUGCCCGCGCUACCAUCUCUGGUGCCGGUACCUUCUUCCUCGUCCACGUCGCCACCUCUCUCGAGUACGCCGAGAAGACCGACAAGCGUGGUGUCUACGCCCGUGCCCGCCGUGGCGAGAUCCAGGGCUUCACCGGUGUCGAUGACCCAUAUGAGGCUCCAACCAACGCCGACCUCACCGUCGACACCGAGAAGCAGACCGUCCGCUCCAUCGUCCACGAGAUCAUCCUCAUGCUCGAGAGCCAGGGCUACCUCGAGAGAUUCUAA